AUGCCCGCCUACACCAGAGACCAGACCAUCGGCCCCAAAAACGCCAUUGAGCGAGUAGCCAUCGUCGGCGCCGGCGGCACAAUCGGCUCCCACAUCACCAGCGCCCUCCUCAAGACCGGCCGCCACACCAUCACAGCCCUCACCCGCAAGAACAGCACCAACAAACUCCCCCCAGGCGUCCUCAUCGCCCCCAUCGACUACAACAAGCCAAGCACCCUCACCACCGCGCUCCAAAACCAAGACAUCCUGAUAAUAACGCUCUCCCCAACCACCCCAAAAGACACACACGCCAAACUCGUCCAAGCCGCCGCGCACGCCGGAAUCCGCUACAUCAUCCCCAACGCCUACGGCGCGGACAUCGAGAACGUCAAGCUCGGCGAGGAAACACUGCUCGGCCCCGUGGGCGCCGCACAGCGCGCGCAGAUCAACGACCUCGGUAUGCACUGGAUUGCAGUCUGCACCGGGUUCUGGUACGAGUAUAGCCUUGCGGGCGGGGCGGGGAGGUUCGGGUUUGAUUUCUCAAAGCGCGCUGUUACGUUCUAUGAUGAUGGAACUACGAGGACGUCGAGUAGUACGCUGGGCCAGGUUGGGCGGGCUGUUGCGGGGGUGUUGAGUUUGCCGGUGCGGCCGACGCCAGGGGCUGAUGAUGGGUUGACGCUGGCGGACUUCGUGAACAAGCCGCUCUACGUGAAGAGCUUUGUUCUCAGCCAGCGCGAUAUGUUUGAGAGUGUGAAGCGGGUUACGGGGACGGGGGAUGCGGAUUGGAGCAUCUCGUAUGAGGACAGCGAGAAGAGGUAUGUGGAUGGAUUGGCGCUUGUGAAGAAGGGGGAUAUGGGCGGUUUUAGCAAGUUGUUGUAUGCGAGGGUGUUUUCUCCGGAUGAUUGUACGGAUUUCUCGGGGAAGGCGCAGAAUGAGAUGCUGGGAUUGCCGGAGGAGGAUCUGGAUGAGGCGACGAGGGCUGGGAUUGAGCUGGUUGAAGAGUUGAAGGGGAGGGCUGAGCGGAUGGCAAAUUAG